AUGGGCUCAUCGAAAUCCUCGUCAAGCUCGGAGAAAGUGAAGGAGAAGAAGAAGGCUAAGAAGGAGAAGACCAAAAAGAAGGAGAAAGGAAAGAAAGACAAGAAGGACAAGAAGCAGAAAAAGAAAGACAAGAAAGCCAAAGAGGAAGAGUUGGAGCGGCAGAGCUUCGAGGCUGCCUUGGCCGCUGCGGCCGCAGAACGAAGCAAGUUGGAAGAGGCGGCUCCAGAGCAAACCGGAGAAGGAAGCAAACGGAGAGGAAGUGAAAAGCAAGGAAAGCUCCCGAAGCUGGAAAAGAAGGACUUGAAGGAGACGGACAAGGCAAUGCCUGCGGUGCCUCAGAAGGGAUCGGGUGAAACAGCUGUCCUUGACGCGUUUUCCUAUGACCCUACAAAGAAGACUUCGGGGGAUUACUCAAAGCCUGACGCGUUGUCCCUGGCAAACUCUGGUCUGGACAUCCAGCGCGCCAUAUACCAGCAUGACCGUAGCCAGUACACUCCAGAGCAACUUCGGCGUGUGGACGAACUGACAAGGAUGAGCUUCUUCAUAUGCAAGUAG